AUGCUUUGGGAACAAGCCGUCUUCAUUUUCCAAUUCACAAUCUGCAUAUUCGGCCUCAUUUCCCACUGGUUUUUCCUGGCCACCUCAGUUUUCAAGGCACAUCAAAGUAUUUUUCUGCGGGUCUAUCUAUUUUUCAUCAGUUUCGGUUAUCAAUGCAUCCUGGUUUCGUUUGUCGUGACAACCUUGAUUUGUCUGGGAGGCUAUGGAAGUUUUUUCGAAGUUCCGGAAUGUCGAGCUGAUCGGAUGAUUUCGCUGAUGGUUCAUCAUUUUGGAGAGUUUUCGGUCACUGCAUUUCAUGUGUUGGUUAAUAUUGGUGAGUUUUUUUGUGGAUCAGCUUACUGUAUUCAAAAAAAAUUUGACAUUUUUCCAAAUCUCCCAGUUUCUUGAGUACUGUAUUCUGAAAAUUUCAUUUCAAAAAUAAAUCUUGACUACAGUAACCCAGUCUUAUCGAAAACAAUUAAAAAGUGACCACAGGGAGAACGAAAUUUCAGAAAUCGAAAAGGCAGGCUAGACUACAGUAUUCUGAAGUGCAGAAUAAGUUGAGAAUCUGAAAAUAUUACGGGAGUAAAUUACAGUAGUAGCCCAAGGCUCUUUUUUCACACAAUUCACCUUAAAAAUCCAAAAAUCCAUGAUAUUUCAGACCGUUUCUACCUCCUCUGCCAGUCCAACAGAAAUCAGCGUCUCAGCCACAACUACAGUACUCCAAUAUUCCUUGUCCUCAACAUAUUCGCCUUCUCCACUUCAAUUUUCUAUGUCCACUUGGGUCGUCAAAUUUCAACCAGUCAAAACGCAUUCUACACCCUAAUGACUAUAACUUUCGCCAAUUUUCUACUGGAAUUCGCCCUAUAUUUAUACUCGAAAAAAGUGUUCAAAAAAACACGUGGCACUUUGGCGCUAGCAAAACGAUAUGCGAUUUUUUCGUCGCUGACGACAACUCGACGAUUUUUGCCUGCCUCGAUUUCGGGAAUAUUUUUUAAAAUUCUGAUUAUUUUGGCGUUGUAUAUUGGAACAUUUGUGGACGAUGAAUCAAAACCUCCGUUUUAUUUUUGUUUCAAUAUUGUGAGUUAACUUUCAGCGUUCAAAACAAAGUUUUACAGUAGGAUUUGAACUUUUAUUUUUGCCCAAUUCGAAAUCAGAACCGCCUUUUUUCAUUUUGAAUUUUUUUUUGCAGCUCUGGAACUUGGACGCCGCAUUUUUCCCGUGGUUCUUCAUAUUUUCCAACACGGCGUUUUGUUUGAGAAGAGGAAGGAAGGAUUCUUCUAGCGUGGGAACUGUGGUUGUGCAAAAUCAACAGGAAUAUUUUGAGGGUUUGCUCAACUCGUGGAGACAAUUUUGAGAUCAACAAUGAGAAGUUUGUGAUUUUUUUUUUGAUUUCUUGAAAUUUUUUUGUAUAAAACUUUGUAUAUUUUGAGCGGGUUAGUUUGCAGUUUGGGUUACUGUUUCUGUUUUACAGCUCGAAGUACUGUAGUUCUAAAAUUUCCCUAAAUUGUGAACAUCUGAUAAAUUGUGUCUGGUAAACCCGAAUUUUUGCAGCUCGGGUUACUGUAGAUCAUAGGCUCAAGAAAAUUUUAAUGUUCUAGUUUCCCGAUUUUUGUAGUCCGGAUUACUGUAGGAAAAUUUGGAUGUUUUGCAGUUUGAGAGUACUGUAGAUUUGAUUUGUUGGAAGUUGUCCUAGAACUAAUUUCACCUGGAUAACAUUUUUGCAGUUUGGGUUACUGUAGAUUUUAUAGCUUGGAUUUUCCAGAUUCAUGCUCAUUUUCAAAAGUUAUUUUUGCAAUUUGAAUUACUGUGGAUGUUAGUUAUUUUUUUUGUAGUUCGGAUAGUGUAUCUCAAAUUUAACUGGAGUUUUUGAUUUUUCAAAAAUCUUCUGAAGUUUAAAAAAAAUCAUCUUGCAGUUUUGCUUUUUUUUCAAAAUUCCAGUAGAAUUUCAAAGUUUUCAUUAUACAAAAACCAUUUUUUUAGUGAAUUUUUCUGCAAACCUGAAACUUCGGAACCUCUCACACACACAUUUUUUAACAUCUACAUAUAUAAAAAUAUAUAUUUGGCUGUGCACAAAUGCGCAUAGCCAGAGCCCGAAAAAAACGGCGAGAGGAGAGAAAAAAACGGCGAAAGAGAAGAAGGAGGAGGAGUACUAAUUAAAUUGGACCCUCUCUCUUUCUGUGUGUCCCCUUCCCCUAGCUCCUUUUUUUGCCUGCUUAUUUCCUCUCUCUGAAAAAUAUAUAUUGAAGAAGAAGAAGAAAACUGGAAGAAGCAGAAGCAGAAAAAGGCAGGCAGGCAGCGCAGAAUCGACGACGACGCGAGGCGGCUCAGAAUAACUACUGAGCUUCUUCUUCUUCUUCUCGUCGUUUUUUUCUCGUUUUUUCUUUUUUUUUGUCGUCGUCGUCGCCAGAUUGAGCGGCUUUUUUUGUGUGUUUGUGCAUCAUUUUUGUAUCCAUCUAGGUAAGCUUAUUCUGGAUUUAGAUUUGUACAUAGAUUCAAAAUUUGGAGUUCUCGGUGAUAUCACUAGUUUUUUGAACCCUGUGAUUUUCUCACAAUUAGGGUGCAAUUAAUUUUCAUUUUUAUUAUGGGUGAGCAACGUUGAGAGCCCUGAUCUUUCAGAGAUUGUUCAUUUUACUGGAGUUUUUCUUGAAUCAGUUUCUGAAUCAUUUUUGAGUAGGUUUUUUUUCAGAAAACUAGAAUUGUUUAUUUUUUUUUUUGGAAUAAACUUCAACCUACUCUGGAUUUUCGGAAAAAAAUCCUGUGGAGCCUACAAUUUUCACCUCAAAUUUUUUCAAAAGCUACAAACUUUGUCUAGUCAUCUGAUGAUUUCAAUAAACCCAUAGCCUACGAAUUUCAUCUCAAAUUAUUUGGAAACUACAAUUUUUUGUCUAGUUUUAAAAAUAUCAUGAUGAUCCAAAAAUGUUCACUAAAAUCUUCCAGCUUAAGAUUGAGCUUGAGAUUUUAGCUUUCCGGAAUCUUGAAAUCCUGUAAACCUUUGCGAACUUUUUAAAAGUUCAAAAAUUAUUCUGAUCUUUGUUGAAAAUUUUCAGAUUCCAAAAAAUUGGAUCAGAAAAAUCAAAUCAAUAAAAAUUCUAAAAAAUAUAAAAAUCUGGAAUAAAAUCAGGAUUUGAAAACUCUCAACAAUUCCUAUUGGGAGUCUGAAAAUCAAUUCCAAAAAAAAACUGAUUUUGAGUUGUUUCAAUUUUCAGACUUUAGAAAUUUUCCUGAUAAGUCAACCUUAGAAAUGACAAAAAUUCAUCAGUCUCAAACUUGAAGCACAUUUUUCAAGCUCAAUUUUUCCAGAAUUUUUCACACGACUGAAAAGAGCUCUGAUGAAUAAAUCUUCCGAUCAGAUAUUCGGCAAGCAAUGGCUCUUUUUUCUUUUCAAAAACUGAAAAUUCAAAAACUUCUGAAAUCAGAUUCAGUUACUGAAAAUUCGGAUUCAAAAUUCACCAGAGAGCUAAAUUUUCAGAUCAAAAAAUUCCAAGAGUCAUCUAGAAAAAAAUUUCCCACACUCUCCCGAAAAAAUCUCAGGCUGCUCUCUCGAUCAAAAAUCCAGUGAUCCUCCAGCUCUUGCUCUUUUCCCUCAUUCAAACACAUUUACACACACACGAAAAAAUUGUCGGAUGUUUACAAAGUAAAUGACACACACACACACACAUACAUACAUACAACACUCUUUUUUUUCAUCAUCAUCAUUUCCAUCUUCUUCUUCUUCUUCAUCACAUCUCAUAUAUGAUGAAGUAUGUAGUAGUAGAAGAGCUAAAUCUCUCUCUCUAGCUCUCUAGCCGACUCUCCACCGUUUCACACACUCUCUCGCCUCUCUUCCCACUAUUUUUUUCUUUUUUUUUCCUCCCGUUGCUCUCGCUCACUUACUUUGUGUGUGUGUUUGACUCAAACACAAUAUAACAUAACAUAAAAAAGUUCAUUCACUCGCUCUUUGCUUUUUUCUACCCUCUUAUGUUUUUUAGUUGGUUUUGAACCCUGGAUUUUUGAUUUUGGUCAAGCCUAGAUUUUCGGCCCUUUUUCUGAUUUUCAGACAGUUUGAUUAGUUUCAGCCAACCUUUUCAGAACUGAAUUUUUUCUGUACAGCUAAUUUUUUUAAGUUUUGAAAACUGAAUAAUUCAACAAGCUCAAGAUUUUAAGAAAAUCUUGAGCUUUUCACAUUUGAAAUUACCACGUGGCAACUUCAAACAAUAAAAAAUUAAUUUCUAAACUUCCCAAAAAAUUCCACGUUUUCAAAUUUUGAAAAAAAAAUUCCAAGCCUCAGUCAGGUCUUUUCCGCCAAGCCUAGAUUUUAGGCUAAGCCUAGGCCCAGAUUUUCCAUCAAGCCAAAAAUUUUGGUUAGGCCUAAGCCUAGAUUUUUUGUCCUCCCCCCAUUUCUCUAUGAAUUCAUCCAGAUUUUUUUUCCUGGAACAAAAAUAGUAGCAGCGAAGAAGAAAUUCUGAAGCGUGAGAAAAUCGAGCGCGCCGUUUUUAUUCUCAUAAUUUUUUGCUGCGGAGCGAGAAAGAGUUUUGCAUAAUCGAUUUGAUAAUCUCUCCAUUGUUAUCAGUUUUUUUCUUUUUUCUUUUGUUCGAAAAACUUUCAAUGUUUUUCUUUUCAAUUUUCAAGUGUCUGACUUUUUCAGAUAAUUCAGCAGAAUUUUUGAAGAUCAAGAAGAUCAUAGGGUUUGCUGAAAAUCGUGAACUAAACCCGAGCUUUGUGUUUUCCAAGAAAUAAUUCUAAUUGCAACUUUGGAACGUUUUUCUGAGAAUGAUUUUCAGUCAAAUUGAACUUUUCUGAAAUAAUUAUAGCCCACUGAUUUUUUCUGCAAAAUUUUAGUUUUGAUAAAAAUUUCCGAAUUUUUUAUGACCCAAAAAAUACUUCAAACAACUUUUAUGAGGCAAACGUUGACACGUCAUAACUUUUUUCAAUUCUGAUUUUUAUUUCAUUCAAACUUUUCCACGUCAUAACUAAUUCUCCAAAAAUCCAAAAAAUGUUGCUCCUUGCAGAAUUGAGAAGUCGAAGUGUUGUCCAGCAAUGCGACAAAGUGUCAAUGUCGACGUCGUCAUCUUCCACAACAAAAAGAUCGACGGCUAAUUCGAAUCGAACUCGAUCGCUGUGCACCACCAACAACAUCAAUUCCUCUCAAUCAAUCUCCACAUCUCAUUCCUCAAAUACAAUGAUGCGUGACUCGAUGGAAGAAUGCACUUCGGGAACAUCGGCCGCGUCGACAUCUUCUUCGGCGACCGCCAGAGCUCUUGAUAUGUUCAAUCGACGAGGUUCCGUGCUUGCUGUCGUUAUUGCAGGUGUGCUUGUUGUGCUUCUUCUUUUUUCGUUUUUUUUUGAUAAUUCAAAAUCUGAUUUGAUUUGAUUAACCCAAAAAAUUAUGAUUUUCGCUCACAUCAAUUGAUAUAAUCAGUUUUUUGCACGCGAAGUUUUGAUUUUCAAUAAUUUUCAAAUUUUUUAACAAAAAAUUUAAAAAAAAUGAAAGCCAAAAAAAAACAAAUUUCAGAAAGCCACGUGGCAAUAUUCCAAAUUUUCGAUAAAAACUUUUUUGUUUUUCUCAUGAAUUCAAAAUUGUUUUCAAGUUGAAAAUGCCACGUGGAAAUUUAGGCAGUCACUUGAAAAUUUGAGAUACAAAACAUUCCAAGUUAUAAAAUUCCCAAUGCCACGUGGCAACUCAAAAAAAUUUUUUUGAAAAAUUGAAAAAACCACGUGGAAAAAUAGAAAAAACUUGAAAUCAAAAAUUUGAACAAAUAGAAAUGCCACGUGGCAAUUCCCAAUAUUUAUAUUUCAAAAAUUUGCAUUAAAAUUUUUUUAAAACAAAUUUGAUUCCCCCAAAUGCCACGUGGAAGUAACUGCGUUUUAAAAUUUUCAAAUUCAUCCUCAUUUUUCUCAAAAUGCCACGUGUCAUCUCCCAAAACUCCCCCAUUUCCCCUUCCUCCCACAAAUCAGCAAUUCCUUCACAAAACCACCAAAAUCCAAUAAGGUUUGUUGUUUUCCCAGAGCCGAGCUUUUCCACCAUCUUUUUUCGUUUUCUCUCAUCCUCUACCUAACACAGUGUUUUUUCUCUUCUGACGAAAAAAUACUGGCACAAUUUUUAACGCGUGCGUGCUGUGUGUUUGCGGUGCACCUUGUUGAGUUAGGCUAAUUUUGAUUUUGAAUUUUUUCAUUUAUGAAGUGAAGUGAGACCUUAUCAGCAUAUAAUUUAAAGAAAAACGAGAUUUUUUUAAAGGUAACACAGCGGCCGAUGUUUUGCCAGGCGGAAGUGGCGUGCCAAAUCCAAGCAGUCAAAUCGCAAAUGAUCAGCCUUCCUCAACAAACUCAGAUCCCGAUUCGGAUUCAUCGGAUUGGCGACCGCCUUAUCCAAGGCUCACCGCAUUUCACGAUUGCCUAUCAAUAGCUUCAGCCUGGUCUCUAGGGCUUUAUCCAACCUGGUUGGAUGAUAAACCAACUGGAGCCAGCCAGGCACAAUCCCCAUCAGAAGACGAUUCCGGUGAUGGGAAAUUCAAUGAUCUACUCGCAUCCUGCCCGGCCUUCCGAAAUGAGCUUGGAUGGGAGCCGACUCGACGAGUUGCGCUAAGUCGACACACUUAUGAAUGCGCGGCGAUGGAAGCGCAUGAAUGUGAGACAUGGAUGAGAGAGCACGCGGCUGCUGAGGCUGGGAUUAUGGAGGAUGUGUCGAAUGUAUAUUUGGGAGGGAGAUUGUGUGCUGCACGGCAGCCGAAGACUGUUAUUGAACCGCAGGAUAUUGGAAGUUAUUAUUAUCGACAUUGUUUUGUUGGGCGACGUGAGUUCGGGAAAGGGGGUAUGACUUCUGGGAAGGUUCUAGAUGAAGUUAGGUGUUGUGAAUGUUCAUCAAGAUCCAAAUUUGUUCACAGUAUGACUAGAUGUUUUUGAAAAUUUAGAAAAACUCGACAAACUUCCGAAUAGAAGUUGCUGAAUUUUUAGUGAGAUCCCGAACUAAUUUUCAAGAUCUAGAAGAUUUUUUUUCUAGAAGUUAUAGAGUUCUGAAUCGUAUCACAAGUUCAAAACAAAACAUUCUGGACUCCAGGAUCCCUAAAUUCCUCCAAAAUUUUUCUAGUCUCAAAAUAAAUCCCAAAAAUUUUCCAAACUCACUAAAACAAUCUGAUAACCCAAACCCGGGGUAUUAAAAUUCGUCGAUAAGAAAAUCAACUUCCCAACAACAAAAAAGUCCUGGUCAAAGUCCUCACCGCAUUCCACACAAAAUUUCCAAAUUUCAGAACAUGUCGAAUACUUUGGUAUGGAUGAGAUCUUGGGACCGAUCGCGAUUUCAAUGGUUCGUGAAAACGUGGAUCGUCGUGAUCAAGGUGCCUCAAUCUACCGGAUGAUUAUCAGAGUUUCGGAUCAGCGGACAAUGCGAGUUGCGGUGCCGGAAGAAGCGUUGACUUCUCCAGAAGCUGCCGAGCGCUCAACAAGAUCUCUGAUGCGUGAACUCAUCGAGAUCGUGUGUCCUAGAAUCAGCUUCGGAAUUCUGCGCCCAUCAGUCGGCACACCUCGGGUAGAAGAACUAUUGAUGAAAAUCGACGAGCAACCAAUAUACACUCGGUACAAAGUCGGAAUCAUGUUAUGUAAAUCAGGUCAAUCGACCGAAGAACAAAUGUAUAAUAAUGAAACAUCUACGGGAGCUUUCGAUGAAUUCUUGGAUUUCAUCGGUCAACGUGUCACAUUAAAGGGAUUCGAAUCAUACAAGGGAGGUCUUGAUACACGUGGCGAUACCACAGGAACACACUCAAUAUAUGCAGAAUAUCAGGCUCAUGAGAUAAUGUUCCACGUGUCAACACUUCUACCGUUCACCCCAAGCAAUCGACAACAAUUGUCAAGAAAGCGGCAUAUUGGAAAUGAUAUGGUUACGAUUGUCUUCCAAGAACCUAAUGCUCUUCCAUUCUCGCCGAUCACCGUUCGAAGUCAUUUUCAACACGUGUUCAUCAUUGUUCGAGUGCACAACGAGUGUACGGAUAAUGUGACGUAUAGUGUGGCGGUGUCGAGGUCGAAAGAUGUGCCGCCGUUCGGACCACCUGUUCCCAAGGGAGCGUGUUUUAGCAAGUGUGCCGAGUUUCAUGAUUGGUUGUUGACCAAAAGUGUGUUAUGAGUUUGGGGAAGGCAUAUUGAACAUUUUGCCACGUGUCAUUUUCACAAAAAUUCCACGUGGAUUCUUCGGAAGGAGAAUUUUGUCUCUGGAUUUUUCUGAAAUUUCAAAUUGCCACGUGACUUUUAGAGCUCUAAAUUUUAGAUUACAUAUGACUCUAAUUGCCACGUGGAUUUUUAAAAAUUAACUUCUGGAGAAGCCACGUGUAUUCUUUGGAAAGAGACUUUGAAUUCUGAACAUGUAUAUUGCCACGUGGCUCUUCAAGUUCUAAAUUCUAGAUUUCAUAUGACUCUAAUUGCCACGUGGAUUUUUUUUUAAUCCUCAAGCCACGUGGAUUUCCAGUUGCAUUCUCUAAAAGAGUUUGCCACGUGGAUUGUUCCAUAAAUCCACGUUGCACUAAAACUUUACUAACUGCCACGUGGAUUUUUCAAAACAUAAAUUUCCAAAAAUUCCAGUUGUCAACGCCGAAAAUGCAGUGCAUCGCUCGAAAAAAUUCGCAACAAUGGCUGCCAGAACACGUCGUGAAGCUCUCCGAGAUCUCGUGGAAAACUAUGUUGGACCGCAUCAGAAUGAGGGAACUAGCAAGAUUGCGAGUGAGUUUGGUGAAAUCUAGGCUGGUGUUUCAGAGCCCAAUUAAAAUUCAUUUUUGAACAUUUUUGUUUUCAGCUGUAACCGGAAGAUUCUUGGGUGGAAGUGUGAAGCGAAAAGAGCGACACAAUCCGAAACCCGCUCAUAUUGUGAUGCGAGGAGCAUUGUCAUGGCUCGUAGAUGUUCACGAUUUCUCCACCAAUCAAAGGAUAUCCUGUAUCCUCGGAGUCGCUCAGGAUGCAAUAGUUCUACUAGAAAGACCCUCCGGAUCAGUGCUCUUCUCAACUCCAACUCAUUCGAUAAUCGGAUGGGCAAAUACAGAUAUGGGAUUGAAGUUGUACUACGAUCACGGUGAUCAACUCCUCCUCCGAUGCUAUUCUGAAAACGGAACUGAUCUAGAACUCAAUGAAUUGCUCCGACGAUUAGAACAAGUUACCAAAGGUGAUGAAGCUCGAGAAGUUGUGUUGCGUCGAUCGAAAACUACCGAUCAUUGGGGAUUCCAUGUUCAAGAUGAGGGAGUUGUGACAGAUGUUGAGAUGUAUCAAACCGCGUGGAGAGCUGGAAUCCGGCAAGGAUCAAGGAUCGUUGAGAUGGAUGCGAUGCCCGUCGCAACCUUGAGCUAUGAUAAAAUGUGCGACCAGCUAGCGGUUUCAGAAUGUGUUAGGCUACUAAUGAUUGCUCCAGCUCAGGAUGGAAGUCCUAGACGGGGUUGUGAAGACCCGAAUUGUCCUGCUGUUAAAGGAAUCGAGCAAAUGCUGACACCUGACGCUUUUGCAAAACAGCCGAUUACAUAUCAAGAGAUGUUCCGAAUGAAGAAUCGGGAAUAUGCAACCAACAGUGCCAGCAGUUCACCAGCUUCUAGUUUUGACGAGCGGACGUUUAGCUUUAGCACAAAUAAGAAAAGUCUAGAUGGGAGAACUAAUAAGUGAGUCAGGGCUUCUGAAGAAUGGUACCGCCUGGAUUUCCUAAUCUUGAGAUAACUCCAAGCAAUCCUAAUCUCUCUGAUUUCAGCACCAUUCAACGUCCCACCACAAUUUCCUCAACCAGUGUUCACGAACAAAUGUGUACCCUGCUGAACCCACCGAAAUGUCUGAACCGUGCCCAAUCCGAUGAGCAACUUCGAAGUCCACUCAUGGAAGAUCUCGCGAGGAAGGCGCCGCUCUCCGCGCGUGAAUCCACCAAUGAGCGCGAGAAUUCGGAGCUGGUGCGGAUACAGACGCAUCUGGAGCGCACUGUGCAGGAGAAGCGAGCGCUGGAAAUGUUGGCACAGCAGCUGAGGAAGCAGCUGAUUCAUGUGAGUUGUGUGGGAGUUUGGAAGUUCCACGUGGCGAAUUUUCGAGCUCCGAGAGCUGCCAAAAAUGCUCUCAACAAGUUUUCGAGCCUGCCACGUGGCUUUUCCACUUUUUUCCACCUAAACUUAAUGUUUCAUUUUUCAGGAACGUCAACAGCACGAAAACACCAAACGGGAAAUGGAGCGAUUGAAAAAACUGUAUGAAAAGAAGUGAUUUUUCCAAACUUCCCCCAGUUUCAGAUUCUAAAUUCAAUUAUUUUUACAGUUUCCAAAUGUGA